GCGUACGCGGGUCCACGUAGCCCGACGGCGCGGUCCGCGGCGCUCCCCGCGCCAUGAAGCUGCUGCGGCGCGCGUGGCGGCACCGAACGGCGCUGGGCCUGAGCGCCCUGGCGCUGGGCGGCGCUGCGCUGCUCUACCUGGCGCGCUGCAGGGCGCCCGUCGACCCCGCCGCGCCCGCGCCCUUCGGCCCCGCGCGCGCCGCCGCUUUUCUGGCCGUACUGGUGGCUAGCGCGCCGCGGGCGGCCGAGCGGCGCAGCGUGGUCCGCAGCACAUGGCUGGCGGCGCGGCGCGGCGGCCCCGGGGACGUGUGGGCGCGCUUCGCCGUGGGCACCGGCGGGUUGGGCGCCGACGAGCGGCGCGCCCUGGAGCGCGAACAGGCACGGCACGGCGACCUGCUGCUGCUGCCCGCGCUGCGUGAUGCGUACGAGAACCUCACGGCCAAGGUGUUGGCCAUGCUGGCCUGGCUGGACGAGCAUGUGGCCUUCGAGUUCGUGCUCAAGGCAGACGACGACUCGUUCGCGCGUCUGGACGCGCUGCUGGCCGAGCUGCGCGCCCGCGACCCCGCGCGCCGCCGCCGCCUCUACUGGGGCUUCUUCUCGGGCCGCGGCCGCGUCCGGCCCGGGGGCCGCUGGCGCGAGGCCGCCUGGCAGCUCUGCGACUACUACCUGCCCUACGCGCUGGGCGGCGGGUACGUGCUCUCGGCCGACCUCGUGCGCUACCUGCGCCUCAGCCGCGAGUACCUGCGCGCCUGGCACAGCGAGGACGUGUCGUUGGGCGCUUGGCUGGCGCCGGUGGACGUGCAGCGCGAGCACGACCCGCGCUUCGACACCGAGUACAAGUCCCGCGGCUGCAACAACCAGUACCUGGUGACGCACAAGCAGAGCCUGGAGGACAUGCUAGAGAAGCACCGGACGCUGGCACGCGAGGGCCGCCUGUGCAAGCGGGAGGUGCAGCUGCGCCUGUCUUACGUCUACGACUGGUCGGCGCCACCCUCGCAGUGCUGCCAGAGGAAGGAGGGCAUCCCCUGACCGCCCCGAGCAGGGCUGGGACGCCCGGCUCCAGACCCUGCGCAGCCAUUUUGCCGCUCGUGGUGGUGUGUGGAGGCUGGACCGAGUCACGGGGGGCCGCCCGCCGGCCUUCCACUGGUGAAGCUGACAGCUUCUGGCUGGUCGUUAGCAUGAGGCCGGCCCUCGAGAGGACCCAGUUUACCUGGUGACCAUGGGCCAGAUGCCAGGCAGCAGUGGACACCUCCUAAGCCCCGGCUCCGCUAAGCACCCAUACAGCCUACCCGAGGGCAUCUUGUUCUGCGUCUGCGUCUGCGGCCAGCAUCCUGUCAGACAGAAAUGUCCCGUCCCUGGAUUUUAGCGUUUUGCCUGGACGUGGGCGAGUCCGCAGGCAGCCCCGCGGGGCCUGAGCACACACUGUCCUCUCCCAGGCCGGCACCAAGGAGCCAGAGGAUGGAGCUGACAGGCCUUGCAGGACAUGACCCCAAAGGAAAAUGCCCCACCCCUCAGGGCUGGGGACAAUGUCGUGUCCUGCCUCCACUGUACUGACCAUCCACCUGCACCUGCUGAGGGCUGUGGCCGCUGUCAGCUGGGCCCUGGCACUUGGAGACUCGCCAUGUGAUGCAACCCAACAGCUUUUAUAGAAGUUACUGUUGCUUUAUGCGGUUAGGUCACCUCUUGCGUCUCCUGCUGGUAACCCUUGUCACAUGUAGAAGAAUAUCAAGAACUCUCAGGGGCUUCCCUGGUGGCGCAGUGGUUUAGAAUCUGCCUGCCAAUGCAGAGGACAUGGGUUCGAGCCCUGGUCCGGGAAGAUCUCACAUGCCGCGGAGCAGCUAAGUAAGCCCAUGCGCCACAACUACUGAGCCUGCGCUCUAGGGCCUGCGAGCCACAGCUACUGAGACGGCGUGCCACAGCUACUGAAGCCCGCACGCCUAGAGCCCGUGCUGUGCAGCAAGAGAAGCCACCGCAAUGAGAAGCACGCGCACCACAACGAAGAGUAGCCCCAGCUCACCGCAACUAGGAAAAAGCCUGUGCGCAGCAACGAAGACCCAAGGCGGCCAUAAAUAAAUAAAAAGUCUGGGUCUCAGUCCAUAAA